AACAGCAUGCAGAAGCAGGUCGAGGUGCGCUUGCAUGAGCCCAACUUUGAAGACCCACUUCCUCCACCCGAGCCAGUAUGUGGAGGCAUUUGUGACAGAUUCAUGAAGAACUUACUUUUAACCCUCACAGUUUUUGGGGUGGUUUUAGGUUCAGUAUCUGGUGUGCUUCUGCGAUAUGUAUCUCCACUCCCUCCUGAUGUCAUAAUGAUUAUUGGUUUUCCUGGAGAAAUUCUCAUGAGAAUGUUAAAAAUGCUGAUUUUGCCUCUGAUCAUCUCCAGUUUAAUCACAGGCCUGGCAGGGUUAGAUGCCCAAUCUAGCGGUCGCCUUGGCACAAGAGCCAUGGUGUAUUACAUGUCUACAACCAUCAUCGCUGCUGUCUUGGGUGUCAUCCUGGUGCUGAUGAUCCACCCUGGCAACCCCAAACUUAAAGCCAACCUGGGAGAAGGGAAGAAAAAUGAUGAAGUAUCCAGUUUAGAUGCCUUCUUUGAUCUAAUUAGAAACCUCUUUCCUGAGAAUUUGGUGCAGGCUUGCUUUCAACAGAUCCAAACUAUUACAAAUAGGAUGGAAGUAGCUCCGUCUCCACAUUUGCACAAUCGGUUUGGACGAAAUAUCACAAGGGGGGCUGGCAGAUAUGUUAUCAAGAAAUCUCUCGAGUUCAAGGGUGGCAUGAAUGUAUUAGGUCUCAUUGGUUUCUUUGUGGCAUUUGGAAUCUGCAUGGGAAAGAUGGGGGAGCAAGCCAAGCUGAUGUUGGACUUCUUUAACAUCCUCAACGAAAUUGUCAUGAGGCUUGUCAACACAAUCAUGUGGUAUUCCCCUGUGGGAAUAGCAUGCCUGAUCUGUGGGAAGAUUAUUUCGAUUAAUGAUCUGGAGACAGUGGCCAGACAGCUUGGGAUGUACAUGGUCACUGUAAUUGUGGGUCUUAUCAUCCAUGGUGGCAUUUUCCUCCCACUGAUAUAUUUUGUCAUUGUCCGAAAAAACCCAUUUACAUUUUUUAUGGGAGUAUUUCAGGCUUGGAUCACAGCAUUAGGAACAGCAUCCAGUGCUGGUACGCUGCCUGUAACCUUCCGUUGCCUGGAAGAAAAUCUGGGCAUUGAUAAGAGAGUUACUCGGUUUGUGCUUCCUGUUGGUGCAACAAUCAAUAUGGAUGGUACAGCCCUUUAUGAAGCAGUGGCAGCUAUUUUCAUUGCACAGAUGAAUGGAAUAGAACUACAUCCUGGUCAAAUUGCUACAGUCAGCUUAACAGCUACUCUAGCCAGUGUUGGAGCUGCCAGUAUCCCUAGUGCUGGUCUGGUCACCAUGCUUCUGAUCCUGACUGCUGUAGGAUUGCCCACCCAAGACAUCAGCUUGCUGGUAGCAAUUGACUGGCUAUUGGAUCGUUUCCGGACAUCAGUCAAUGUUAUUGGAGACUCAUAUGGAGCAGGUAUCGUGUACCACCUGUCCAAAGAUGAGCUAGAUAUGUUGGAUGCCCAGCAAAUGAAGGCAGGUGACUUUGAGAUGGCCAAGACACAAUCCUUCUAUGAGAAUAACACUAACCAUGGAGUUUACAGAUCACGUAACUCCAGUCCUAUCCUCAUAGAUGAUUGCAAGGUUACCUUGGCCCCAAAUGACUCUCCUGCAGAGUAUUCUCUUGUUAAGGACAAACCUUGGAUACAACAGGAACACAGUACACAGAUCCAACUCUGCCUUGUCCAGAGUGCUGCAUGGUUGUUCUUCACGCCACAGGCCAACACAAGCGCCACGCAAGCAAUUACACAGUAUGCGCACGAAGGCUGA